AGUUUGACUAAGUGUGAGCAGAAAGCUGAAGAUUUGACUUCAUAAACCAGGUGUAAAAUGUGCGGGAUCUGGGCUUUGUUUGGCAGCGAUGAGUGCCUGUCAGUUCAAUGCACUAGUGCCAUGAAGAUAGCUCAUCGAGGCCCAGAUGCUUUUCGAUUUGAAAAUGUUAACGGCUUCACCAAUUGCUGCUUUGGUUUCCACCGACUGGCCAUUGUGGAUCAGCUGUAUGGGAUGCAGCCUCUGCGUGUCCAGAAGUUUCCUUACUUAUGGCUCUGCUACAAUGGAGAGAUUUACAACCACUACACACUGAAGGAGCAGUUUGGUUUUGAUUAUCAGACUAAAAUGGACGGGGAGGUUUUGCUCCAUUUGUAUGACCGCUUUGGCAUCAAGAAGAUGGCUUCUCUCCUGGAUGGUGUAUUUGCGUUUGUUUUGCUCGACACUGCCAACAGAAAAGUGCAUCUGGGACGAGACACGUAUGGUGUCCGGCCGUUGUUUCGGUUCCUCACUGAUGAUGGAUUUCUUGCAGUCUGCUCAGAAGCCAAAGGCCUUAUAGAUAUUACCCAUUCAAUGAACACGUCUGCCAGCAUUGUGCCCUUUCUCCCUGGGCACAUUGAGGUUUUUGAUUUGAAGCCUACUGGUAAGGUCCAGUCUGUUCAGUUUGAACAGUUUCACUGCUGCACACAAGAGCCUGCUCAUGCCAUCUAUGAUACUGUGGAAAAGCUGCCUUCAGGUUUCGAUGUAGAAACAGUGAAAGGAAACAUCAGAACCCUGUUUGAAAACGCUGUGAGGAAACGCCUGAUGGCUCACAGGAGAAUCGGUUGUCUUCUGUCUGGUGGUCUGGACUCUAGUUUGGUUGCUGCCAUGUUGGUCAAACUAGCUAAAGAGGAGAAGUUGCCCUAUCCCAUUCAGACAUUUUCCAUCGGGUCAGAGGACAGUCCAGACAUCCUAGCAGCUCGUAAGAUGGCAGCUCACAUCGGCAGUGAACACCAUGAGGUGAACUUUAGCCCAGAGGAAGGCUUUCAGGCUGUGAAGGAAGUGAUUUUCCACUUGGAGACCUAUGACAUCACCACUAUCCGUGCCUCUGUUGGAAUGUAUCUGGUAUCAAAGUACAUCAGAACAAAGACCGACAGUGUUGUGAUCUUCUCUGGAGAGGGAGCUGACGAGCUGACUCAGGGAUAUAUUUACUUUCACAAAGCUCCAAGUCCCAAAGUAGCAGCAGAGGAUAGCGUUCGUCUCCUGAAGGAGCUCUACAUGUUUGAUGUUCUUCGUGCUGAUCGCACCACUGCUGCACAUGGCCUGGAGCUCAGAGUGCCUUUCUUGGACCACAGAUUUACAGCUUACUACCUCUCCCUGCCUGAAGAGAUGCGAGUUCCUAAGGAUGGUGUGGAGAAGCACCUUCUGAGGGAAUCUUUCAAGGGCCUUAACUUGAUUCCUGAUGAGAUCCUGUGGAGGCGUAAAGAAGCCUUCAGUGAUGGUGUGAUGUCUGUGAAGAAAUCAUGGUACACCUGUCUCCAGGAGUAUCUUCAGUCUAUGGU